GUAAUUGCCCUCUACGGUCACACUUGUUGUUGUAUCAAGAAUUAUUGCAAGAAAAUAAACAAUGGUUGGCUCCAAUUUUGGCAUCAUCUAUCAUCCAAAUGCCGGCGGCUCUUCGGGUCAAGUAAAUCCAAGUAGUGGAGCCGCGUCGAGCGUGGGAGGCGCCGGCAGUUUCAACGCGGUAGGCGAUCGCGCAGCGCCCGCCUCACAUCUCAGCGAUUUCUUGCUGCAGCUGGAGGAUUAUACUCCAUUAAUGCCAGAUGCUGUCACUGCGCAUUAUCUGAACAUGGGCGGUUUCCACUCGGAUGACAGACGUAUUGUGCGCCUGAUCUCGAUUGCCACGCAGAAAUUCAUGUCGGACAUCAUCGAUGAUUCACUGCAGCAUUCCAAGGUGCGCACCCACAUGCAGAAUUCUGCCACACCUGGCGGCUCAAAGGCAAAGGAUCGAAAAUUUACAUUAACCAUGGAGGACCUGCAGCCGGCAUUGGCCGACUAUGGCAUCAAUGUUCGCAAGAUGCACUAUAGCCAGUAAAGUGCAAAGAAUCGGAAUAUUGGCAUAUUCAAUUGUCAAAAUAAGCAAAUCAAACACAAACAAAUCUUAAUUCAGUUUAAUGUUCGCUUGAGAUGGAAUCACAUUCUUGCUGACAUCAAUUAGAUAUACAUAUUUGUAAAGCUGUAAUAUAAAUCAGUUUAAAUAUCAUCUACAAGCAAGAUGUAUUACUGUUAAGAUUUCUCAAAAUGAAAAUGUUUAUUUUAAAAUAAUUAAAGUUAA